AUAUCUAUUUUAACUGUUUAUUUUAUAACUUAAUUUCUCAUUUUAUUAAAUUUUACAUAUUUUAAGACAUGCAAAAUGAGAUCCACAAUCAAAGUAAAAUACACGACGUGGACUCAUUCAUACUCUCGUUUCCCGGUUUCAAACUUUUUUUCUACGCAAACGGUCAACAAAUUGGCGGUCAAAUUUGGUAACAUAUUCAUAGACCUUCCCUUAAAUUAAAUAUUCUCUUGUACAUCACUACAGAAAUAGGAUAAGAACCAAGCAACAUGGACAACCUACAGAAUUCCCCUGGUUUUUCAGCCGAACUUUAAUGGAAAUUUCUAGCAUGCUUAGCGUCCUAAUACCAUUUUUCUUCCUUAUACCCUCAAUCAUCAAUGCUAGAGAUUCCAUUACCCCAACUCAACCUCUCAAAGACUCAAACCAAAACAUCAUUUCCCUAAAUGGGCAAUUUGAAUUGGGAUUCUUCAAUCUCAGUAAUCGAAGAUACUUAGCCAUUAAGUAUCGUAACAUUGCCCCAGAUUCCAUCAUUUGGGUAGCUAAUAGAAACUCUCCUUUAAAUGAUACCUCAGGAAUCCUUACCAUUACCUCUCAAGGAACCUUACUUCUAACUGCAAAUAACACUAAAAACACCUCCUCUCCUAAACUCAUUUGGAGGGCUAAUGGCCCGAACCCAACGGGUUCAAUAAACCCAAUAGCCCGCCUUCUCGACAACGGAAAUCUAGUAGUUGGUGAUUACUUAUGGCAGAGUUUUGAUUAUCCAGGGAAUACCCUUAUGCCCACUAUGAAAUUUGGGUGGAAUAUUGAAACAGGUGUGGACAGAUCUAUGUCUUCAUGGAAAUCAGAUGAUGAUCCAUCAGAAGGGCAAUAUCAUUUCAAGUUUGAUCAUUCUGGGUAUCCUCAAAUGUUCUUAAAGAGCCAAAAUGUUACAGUUUAUAGGACAGGUCCUUGGAAUGGGGUGAGAUUUAGUGGGGCCCCUAAUUUAAAACAGAAUAGUUUUUACACAUUUGAUUUUAUUAUCAAUGAAAAAGAGGUUUAUUACCAAUACAAUUUAACUGAUCUAAAAGUUUCAACAAGGAUGUUAUUAAGAACAAAUGGAAAUAUAGACAGAUUUAUAUGGAAUGAUAAAGUAAAUGGGUGGAUUCAAUACUUAACUACACAGUUAGAUUCAUGUGAUAGGUUUAAUUUAUGUGGGCCAUAUGCGAUUUGUAAUAUCAAUAAUUCUCCUGUUUGUGGGUGUUUAGAUGGGUUUAAGCCUAAGGAUCCAAAUGCUUGGGAAACAGCUUAUUGGAAUGAUGGGUGUGUUAGAAGUGUGAAAUUGGAGUGUAAUAGUGAUGGGUUUAAGAAGGUUUCUGGGUUGAAAUUGCCUGAUACAAGAAAAGUGUAUUAUAAUAAGAGCUUGAAUUUAAAAGAAUGUGAGAAAUUGUGUCAUAAGAAUUGUUCUUGUACUGCUUUUACUAAUUCUGAUAUUCGCAAUGGUGGGAGUGGUUGUUUUUUGUGGUUUGGUGAGUUGAUUGAUACGAGGUAUUACAGUAAACAGGAUGGGCAAGAUCUUUAUGUUCGUAUGGCUGCUUCUCAAUUGGGCAGUCAUUCAACUACGCGAAAAUUAGUGAGCAUUCUCGUUCCUGUGCUUAUCUUUAUUACCGGAUCAAUUUUCAUUUUUGUUUGGCUCAAAAGAAAAGGAAAACGGGAAGACUUUUUUCCAGAACAAGAAUUAUCGAGAUCACAUAUGUCGGCAUCACACACUCAAGAUAAUGAUUUAGAAUUGCCUUUCUUUGAUAUAUUAACAAUGAAUAAGGCAACGGAUAAUUUUUCAUCAAAAAAUGAGUUGGGAAAAGGAGGAUUUGGAAUCGUUUACAAGGGUAUAUUGAGCGAUGGGCAAGAAAUAGCCGUGAAAAGGCUUUCAAAGCACUCCAAUCAAGGAGUACAAGAAUUUAAAAAUGAAGCAUCCUGCAUGAUUAAACUUCAACAUCGUAACCUUGUAAGACUUCUUGGAUGCUGCAUACAUGAGGAAGAGAAGUUGUUGGUUUACGAGUACAUGCCAAAUACAAGCUUGGACUUACUACUUUUUGACAAAACUAAAAACUGUCAAUUAGAUUGGCCCAUAAGGUUCAAUAUCAUCAAUGGGAUAGCUCGUGGGCUUGUUUAUCUUCACCAUGACUCGAGGCUAAGAAUUAUACAUAGAGAUCUUAAGACUAGCAAUAUCUUACUUGAUAAUGAUUUCAACCCCAAGAUUUCAGAUUUUGGAAUGGCAAGAAUCUUUGGAGGAAGUGAGGCUGAUCUAGAAAAUACCAAGAGAAUUGUUGGCACAUAUGGUUAUAUGGCUCCAGAAUAUGCAAUUGACGGACACUUCUCUACAAAAUCUGAUGUCUUUAGCUUUGGUGUGUUGCUGCUAGAGAUAGUGAGUGGGAAGAAAAACAGAGAAUUUAGCCACCCUACUCAUGGCCUUAAUCUUCUUGGGCAUGCAUGGAAACUCUAUAAUGAAGAAAGAUCCAUGGAGUUGUUGGAUUCAUCGGUGGAAGAAUCAGCCAAUGUACCUGAAAUAAUGCGAGUAAUACAAAUGGGUCUAUUAUGUGUACAAAAAUCACCUGAAAAACGACCAAGUAUGUCAAUGGUGGUUUUAAUGUUGGGAAGCACAAUCUCAUUGCCUAAUCCUAACGAGCCUGGUUUUUUUAUUGAGAGAGAAAUUGAUUGUCCAUCUUCAUCGUCUAAUUUUAAUAAAUCAAUUAACGAAAUUACUAUUACCUUCAUGGAUGGUAGGUGACAUUUAAGAGAAUAUUGUACAUACUUAUCCAAAUUAAAUUGUAGAGAAAAAAGAUUUUGUAUCCAUAUAAUUGUUUUAGUAAUUUUUCAGUAAUUAUGUUAAUUAUUACAGUUUGUAAUAAUGAUAUUCUUGAUUUAUUUUGAUUUUAUUCUUAAGUGUAGUUUCCUACCGUUACAUAGUUUUUGGUCUAAUAGAUAAAAACAAUUUGAUUUAAUAUAUCUUACCCAAAAUCAUUGGUCAUCUUUUAAUAAUUUUUUAUAAAGCUCCGAGGUCAAAAAGUGGUUACUUUGUGAAUGUAGUUUGUGGCAACUACAGUUAAUGGGCUGAUGGGGGCAGGUUAAAAUUUUAAUGGACCAGAUCUAUUUGGACAAGUUAAAAUCUUUUAAACUUAAAUCAACCAGACCUUUUAAAAUAGUCAUCAAUGAUCUUUUAGUUCGACUUUGAAGCUCAUUAGAUCGACUUGCCUAUACAUAUAAACAAAUGUUAAAUGAAAAAAUGGAGAAUAUUUUGAUGGUAACCAAGCCUAAUAAUAACCCAAUUCGGUCCGAGUAUUAGACGC